AACCAUCAAGUGUGACCCCACCGGAUAUAUUGUUUUAUUUAUUUGAGUGUGGUCACUCAGCACCGCUUGUAAACAUUAAACAAAUUGCAUUUUUUACUUAACUUUAUUGAAAUGCUGUCCCUAACUGAUGCCGGUAACUCUGUGGGCAUUCCGGACAAGGCCUGGCAACCGCACUUUGUGACUCUGGAAACGAGCAUGGGCGAAAUCACUGUGGAAUUGUACUGGAAACAUGCGCCAAACACCUGCCGGAACUUUGCCGAGCUGUCCCGGCGCGGCUACUACAAUAACGUGGUGUUCCACAGGAUCAUCAGGGACUUCAUGAUCCAGGGCGGCGAUCCCACGGGCACGGGCAGGGGAGGCACCUCCAUCUACGGCGCGGAGUUCGGCGACGAGCUGCACGGCGACCUGAAGCACACUGGCGCCGGCAUCCUCUCCAUGGCCAACUCGGGGCCGGACACGAAUGGCUCCCAGUUCUUCAUCACCCUGUCGCCCACGCAAUGGCUGGACGGGAAGCACACGAUCUUCGGGCGAGUGUACACCGGCAUGGAGGUAGUCAAGCGGAUAGGAAUGGUGGAAACGGACAAGAACGACCGGCCCGUGGAUCCGCUGAGGAUAAUCAAGGCGAAGGUGGAGAAGCUGUGAGCGAUUAAAGUCACUUAUCGUUUGAGAACUUGAA